AUGCGCUUCUCCCAGAUCACCUCACUUCUCCUGGGAACGCUCAGCCUGGCUCUCGCCCUGCCGGCUGAAACAUCACCGGAAUCCAGAGAUGCCAGGAAGUCUCACUGGCGUCGUGGACACGAGCACACACGCUCUCACCUACCUCCUAUGCACAAGCCUUGUGCUAAGCGACGAAACGUGGCUAGGGAGCCUGACUUUCCACCGCCAGUGACAGUGACGACCACAACGACAAUUACCGCUAUUGUCGAAACCGCUUCUGCAAAUCCGCAGGAGAGCUCUCCUAUCUCUGUACUCACAGCGUCUACCCUGCUAAACCUCGUGUCCGAUACGCCACAUGAUGGCAAGACCUCCCAGGACACAAAGAUGAUUUCAGCGGUGACGCGCAUGACGGCUGAGCACAUCGAGGAAGCCGCGCCGAUCCGAACAUCUGCUGUAACAGGAUCUCAAAAAGAAGCAGGUGAAGAGCCAGAAGAGUCUUUGCUUGCAGACAUGACCAUCACAGACGGACUGGGCCUCCUCGGACUGCUGGCGGACGCUCUCAUCCAUGGCGUUGCAUCACAGGCAACUUCUCUGAUUGAGAACGGCACGGCGGAUGCGAUUGGCAAUGAUUCAGCACCUGCUGCCCAAAUGGAGAAGGCGGUGGUGGGCUUGAUUGAUCUUGGGGCGGAUGCUGCGGACGAUCUCGUACUUGGAGUUCUGGAUCAGAUCAUCGGGGCGAUCAAAGGUGAGGAGGAUGAGUAG